GCCGUUCAUGCAUGCAUGCUGCCCCCGCCGACCGCAGGUGGCCCUGCGCGGGUUGCGCCCCUCCUUCCCGCCGCAAACGCCGCCCGACUUCCGCCGCCUGGCCGAGCGCUGCUGGCAGGCGGAUCCAAGGAGCAGACCCACCUUCGAAGCGGUCCUAGCGGAGCUGCAACGCAUGAGCGCCGCAUUCGAGGCAGCAGCAGCCUCCGCCAACAGCAGGGCCGCCAGCGCCGCUUCUAAGCGACGGUCACCUCUGCUGUGGACGGCAGGAGGUGGUGGUGGUGGUGGAACAGGCGGCGGCGGCGGCUAUUGGGACAAUGCGGCGACGUUUGGG